GCUUCCCCUUCUCCUCCUUUUCUGUUGGUUUUCCUGAUCCAGGAGGACAGCAGGAUGGAGGACCGGGCGUGGACCGUUGGUCUUCUUGUCAUUUUUUUGAUCUUAGGACGAACUGAUGCUCAGAGUCAGAUAAACGACACUAACUUAAGGCCCUCGUUCCCCUGCGGAGGCCACCUGGUUACUGACUCUGGCAUCGUGGCAAGUGAAGACUUCCCCGAAUACUACAAACCCAACACUAAAUGUACCUGGUACAUCACUGUCCCUGAGGAUCAUGUGGUCAUGUUAUCUUUCCGCCUCUUCGACAUGGAGGCUGAUCCCACCUGUCGCUACGACUACCUGGACGUCUACAAUGGUCACACACACUCAGUGCAGAAGCUGGGCCGGUUCUGUGGGACGUUCAGACCAGGAGCUCUCAUCUCCACCUCCAACACCAUGAUGUUAGACAUGGUUUCAGAUGAUGCCACAGGAGGAAGAGGCUUUCUGGCCUCCUUCAAUGCAGGGAAGCCACAUAUGGAAGAGGACCAGUUCUGUGGAGGUCGGCUGACCAAAUCACAUGGUUCAGUAAAGACGCCCAACUGGCCUAAUUCCAAUUAUCCAGCAGGAAUCAGCUGCUCCUGGCACAUCUCAGUAGAGCCACGCAAUGUGAUUGAAGUAAAGUUUGAAAAGUUGGACUUGGAGUCUGAUACCUACUGUCGCUAUGACUAUGUGGCAUUGUUUAAUGGUGGAGAGACUGAUGACUCUAGAAGAAUUGGGAAAUUCUGUGGAGACAGACCCCCAGGAACUAUAGUGACGAAUGGAAAUGAGCUGCUCGUCCAGUUUGUGUCUGAUCUCAGUGUGACUUCAGAUGGAUUCAUGGCUCACUACACCAGUGUGCCCCGUGGGUCCCGAUCACCCACGGCUGGAGGUGACUUCAUCCACCGUCCUGAUCCCACCUCCAGGCCGGAGAAACCAACUGUAAAGCUAAGCAGACCCAUCAAACCAACUCUAAAACCAACUUCUAAACCAUCUCCAAAGCCAACUGUAAAACCAACUUUAAAGCCCACCACUAAACAGAUUUCUAAAUCAACACCAAAACCACCUGUAAAACGACCUGUCAUUCGUCCUAAGCCAACCCCGAAACUACCCAAAACAACUGUGUUAAGGCCACCACUGGUGAAGAAACCUCCUUAUCGCAGACCCACCCCCAAGACUUCUAUCAAGCCCACAUCCAAACCCAAACCAGUUAAACCUACACCCAAGCUGCCAGUGAAAAAACCUAUUAUGAAACCAGUCAUCAAACCUACCCCCAAACCCAAGCCAACACUCAAACCAAUGCCAACAUCCAAACCCAAGCCCAUACCUAAACCCAAACCAAAACCAAAACCCAAGCCAAGCAUCAAUGCCAAACCCACACGUAAACCUCUCCUCAAACCCAAGCCCACCAUGAAGCCUCUAGUAAAACCAGUGAAGCCAUUCCCAAAGACCGAAAUUAAACCAACUGUUAAACCCAACAUAAAACCUAAACCAUCUCCUAAACCAGGACUGAGCAAGACAGUAACGAAGAAGCCUACUGUCAUCAAGAAACCUUUACCACUUAAUCCACUGUGUACACAACCCUGUAAGAGGACAGGGACACUCCAGUCCAAUUUCUGCCCUCAUGACUUUGUGAUUACUGGAAAGAUUAUAUCCCUGACUGCUGGUCCAAGUGGCUCAGCGACUUUGGAGGUGUCCCUGAUCAGGGCCUAUAAGACAGGACAUCUCAAUGUCACCAAGUCAGGACCCAUCAAGUCAGUCACGCUGGCCUCCACAUGCAAGAGAUGCCCUGGAUUGAUCAAAGGUCGGAACUAUGUGCUGAUGGGAAAUGUCGAUGCCCAGGGCAAUGGCCACCUGAGCCCCUCCAGCUUCACCCUGCUUUAUCAGGCCGUACAUGCCAAAGCACUGGACAUCUUGACUCGCAAACCCUGCUGACAUCACGGCCUCAUCCACCAAUCAGAUCAAUGACUCUGAGAGAAUGGAAGUAUUUAUAAUCAUAUCUUGCAAGAUUGUAAUUAAACCUGGUCAUGUUUCAACUUUAAUAAUAUUGGCCCGAGCACCUCAGGUGGUGAGAAGGCCUAAGACUCGAGUUUUUUCUGUUUGUUUUGUAUGUAAAUUAUAUAUUGAUUAAAUAGUAUAGCUGUGUGAACAGAUGGAUAAUAAACACAGUGAAAAUA